AUGUACGAUGCUAGGAAGGAGAUUGCCCGCAGUAUUGAGAUGGGAACCAUGUACAACGACACGACAGUUUCAAACCUUGCGUUGGAUCCCUUAGCCAAGAGGAUCAACACUCUCGUCAAAGUCCUCAAUAUCUGCUUCCAUCCUACUAUUUACCCUCACUUCGUCUCCCUCAACGACAGCAAUAAUCGAAAGGACUUCGAACGAGAGCCUCUUUCACAGGAGGGUGUGACCGGAAAUCCGUUCAAGGACUUUUGGCUUCUCGUUUCAGAGCACAUGAAUGAGACGAAUGAGACGUUUGAGGAACGGUUAUUUGACGACGUCUUGGGUCUCCAGGAGGGGGAAGACGAACAUCUACUUGCGUACAGUGCCGAAUUCGGUUUCAACUUGAAUGACAUUAACCGUGACCAGAACAACAAGUCAGUUCAGCGGCUGAUGAGCGAUUUGAUGAAGUCCAAAGAUAAUUGUCUUGCACAAAUGAAGAUAUCGGGCCAUCAUAGCAAUGACAUAUGGACUUAUUGCAUAGUGAAGAGGUGGUGUACUCCUCGGAAGGGAAUGGCGGCCGUACCUGCCAUAGCGGUGUACUAUUGUGCCUAUCUCUGCAAACUCCAUCCCACAAUUGAAGGCAAAUUUGCCACGUUUCUGGAAGCCAGUUUGAAGAGUGAUUCCACCGUCGAUAUGACAGGAAGCGCUGAUGCUGCCGGUAAAGGCGGCAAACAAGCUGCGGCAGACGUCAUGGCAUCGAUCACCAGCGUCAGUUCUGACCUGAAAGAAUCUAUUGUCCAAAGGAAAGAGAUUACGAGGAUGCCGCGGAUAAGAAUCUCUGGGAUGGCUAUCUGGUGGUUGGCAAACAGUACCUGA